AUGACAGAGGAGUUUGUUGCGCUCUUCAUGGCUCAUGUUGUAGCACAGAUAUGUGAUCUAGCGGAGAUGAUUCCCGCUUUUGAUGAUGAUGAGGAUGAGCAACCCGAGAGGCUAGGUGGACGGAGAGAGGAGGGAGAGGAGCUUGAGGAGGGAUUUGGGGAUGGUGGAGGGGAUGACGGGGAAGAUGGUAGAGUAGGUGGUAGAGGGAGACGAGGAGAUAGAGGAGGAGAUGGAGGAUUUAGAGGAGAUAGAGGGGUUAGAGGGAGGAGAGGAGGUGGAGAUGGAGGGAGGGUUGGAGUAGUCAAACGAGCAAUUGGGGAGGGAGGGAGGGGAGCUUUGGUGGUCUGA